AUCCACCGCCACCGUUUCCCUCUAUUGUUUAAUCGCCAUCGGUAGCUUUCUUCGCCAACCCGCUAUUCCUCCCUCCUUUUCUUCCUUUCUACCAUCGCCUUCGCUCCUCAGUCCUCCUAAUUUAUCGAGUUCUAAACCCUUGAUCUCGAUUUCCUCCUCCCUUGAUUCCAGAUUCGAGGGCAUAAUACGAUGGAUUCCUCGUCCUCGAGCCAACCGGAGUUCGAUUAUUUGUUUAAGUUGUUGCUGAUCGGGGAUUCGGGGGUGGGGAAGAGCAGCCUCCUGCUGAGAUUCACAUCGGACUCCUUCGACGAUCUCUCCCCCACGAUUGGUGUGGAUUUCAAGGUGAAAAUGGUUACAAUUGGAGGCAAAAAGCUGAAGCUUGCAAUCUGGGACACUGCUGGACAGGAAAGGUUCAGAACUUUAACCAGUUCAUAUUACAGAGGAGCACAAGGGAUCAUCAUGGUUUAUGAUGUAACACGAAGGGAAACCUUCAGCAACCUUGCUGAUGUAUGGGCUAAGGAAAUAGACCUUUACUCCACUAAUCAAGAUUGCAUCAAAAUGCUUGUCGGCAACAAGGUUGAUAAGGAAAGUGAGAGAGUUGUCACAAAGAAGGAGGGUAUUGACUUUGCAAGGGAAUAUGGAUGUCUGUUUUUAGAAUGUAGUGCAAAAACAAGAGUCAAUGUGGAGCAGUGCUUUGAAGAGCUUGUCUUAAAG